AUGCCGCUGUUCACAGACAUGUUGUUACUCGUCUUGUUUGCUGGCCUUGGAAAACCUGUCUGUCGACCAUAUGGAGCUCAGGAAUUCUCACAGUUUUCAAAAGAAGGCAAUAUCACAAUAGGAGGGAUUUUUUCAUUUCAUCAAAAUCCUGUAAGUGUGGAUCCAACACUACAAGUCAACCCUGGACGUAUUCAAUGUCAGGGGCUACAUCAAGGAGAACUGCAGUUUGCUCAAACUAUGAUUUUUGCCAUUGAAGAGAUAAAUAACAGCUCUAAGAUUCUCCCAGGCAUUUCUUUGGGCUACAGGAUAUAUGACUCCUGUCCAAGCAUUCCUCUCUCUGUAAGGGCAUCCCUGGCUCUAAUGAAUGGACCUGAGGAAGGCACAAAGACCUGCCUCAAACCUUCAUCGGUGCAUGCAGUAAUCGGAGAGACAUAUUCUACUUCAACCAUCGGGAUCGCAAGAACAGUGGGACCAUUCCACAUACCUGUGCUCAGUCAUUCAGCUACAUGUGCAUGUCUCAGUAACAGACAGGAGUACCCAAAUUUCUUCAGAACCAUUCCCAGUGACUACUAUCAAAGCAGAGCCUUAGCAAAGCUGGUCAAGCACUUUGGGUGGACCUGGGUUGGUGCAAUCAGGACAAAUGAUGACUAUGGCAAUAAUGGAAUGGCUACAUUUUUAAAAGCAGCCAAAAGUGAGGGCAUUUGCAUAGAGUACUCAGUGCCCAUCCACAGGACUGACCCUAGACAGAAAUUUCUCAAAGUUGUGGAGAUCAUUAAAAAAUCAUCUUCAAAAGUGAUUGUUGCUUUUGCAAAUUGUAAUGAUUUAGACAUGCUCAUCAAAGAACUGCUUUUGCAGAAUGUGACAGGUUUUCAGUGGGUGGGCAGCGAAGGCUGGAUCACAGCCUGGUGCAUUGCCACCCGAGUGAGCUAUGCAGUGGUAGGAGGGGCCAUUGGCCUUACAGUUCCUAACAUUCACAUACCAGGACUGAGGGAGUUUAUCAUGAACACACGCCCAUCAACCAAGCCUGGGAACCUGGGCUUGGUAGAGCUCUGGGAAAGUAUUUUCAGCUGCAUUCUAUCACCUCGUAAGGAUGACAUCAAGAAAGCGUGCACAGGAUCAGAGUCUUUGUAUGGAAAACUUACCCGCUACACAGACAUAUCUGACACCAGCUUGUUGAACAAUGUGUAUAAGGCUGUAUAUGCUGUGGCCCAUUCACUGCACAAUCUUGUCAAGUGCAAAGACGGACAUGGACCAUUCAUGAACAGAAGCUGCGCAGACAAGGCCACAAUAGAGCCAUGGCAGGUGCUUCAUUAUUUAACCCAGGUAAACUUCACCACUAAACAUGGUGAGAGGAUUCACUUUGAUAAACAGGGGGAUCCCGCAGCAAGGUACUCCUUGGUAAACUGGCAGCUGAAUUCCCACGGAGUCGUUGACUUCGAGAUCAUAGGUCUGUAUGAUGCAUCUCUGCCAGAGGGGCGGCAGUUUGUGAUGAAGGAUGAUGUGCAGGCUGUAUGGGCAGAUGGUCGGCAGGAGGUGCCAAGAUCAGUCUGCAGUGAGAGCUGCCUUCCUGGGACACACAAGGCUUUUGUGAAGGGGAAACCUAUCUGCUGCUUUGACUGUAUUCCAUGUGCAGAUGGAGAAUUCAGCAACACUACAAUUGAGUUUUCCACAUAUUUCUUCUAGACUAACCUAAACUGACCUUGUUUCCAGGAAGCGAUAUUUGAUGUAGACUAAAAUAUUUAUAAUGUUAAAGGCAGAAUAUGCAGGAUUUCUUUCCUUAACUCACUCCUGUGUUUACCAUCAAAAAUGACUCCUCCUACCUCUCAACCCUGCCUAUUGUUCACCACAAAGAUGACAAGCUCACUCACCAAUUAAGCAAGUUGAUAUUAUGCUCUGGCUAGCUAUGUCAGGUAGCUUUGUAACAGCGUGUUGCAGACUGCUGGAAUCACAUCAGGCAGUCAACGUAUGCCAAUGUACUGACAUAUCUGAUAGCAAAAAGCAUAUGCAGCAAAGUUAUGGAGUAGCUAGUUUUAGCUAAACAUUAUAUUAUGGUGAUAGAAUGGACCAAGAAUAGCCACUGCUAGCACAGCACCCGUGGGUUUCUGUCUGCUUUAGCAGCAUGGCAAAACAUAAACAUGCAUACUCACAAAGACAUCAAUUCAUAAUUGCUUUUAUUUUGGUAGUAAUUACUGACCAUGGUUGUUUUUUAAUAGUUUCAAGUGGAAAAUCCUU